UUUCAUGUUAUAUUCUAGAUCUCGAUUCAUUGGAAGUGUCCAUACUCAAGUUAAAAUUAUAAAUUUAACAGCAUCUUGGAAGAAAUGGGAACACCUGGAUCUGGAAGGAAGAGAACUCCUAUAAAAGACAGAUUCUCAGCGGAGGAUGAUGCUUUGAAUCAAAUAGCAAGAGAGGCUGAAGCAAGACUUGCAGCAAAGCGAGCAGCUCGAGCAGAAGCAAGAGACAUACGCAUGAGAGAACUUGAACGGCAACAAAAAGAGCUUUCUCAGCGCUCCUUGGAUAGAAAAUGGGGACAGAUUCAGAAAUGGAUGGAAGAUACAGAAAAAGCCAAGCAUUUUCAUAGGUCAGGCCAACAUAGUCUUCAUCACAAACACCAUCUGGUUUCAGGUGGUGAUGUCAAGUUUGCUCAAAGUACCAGCAGUCACAGGAGUUCUUCCUUUAAUGUGCGUAACUCAAAUAGAAGCCGUGCGACCACUUCUCGCAGAAGAGAUCUUGCUUCUGCCUUCAUGAAGGAGAAGACCAGGAAAAAUCCCUUAACAAUGGGAUUAUACCAUGACCAGAGGAACUACAGCAACCUUGUAUGUGGCAGUUCCAUUUCACCAUGUACUAAGCUCUUGUCUUCUAGAGGUUGCUUAAAUAUUAAAGUAGCCCACACAGAGGGAGAUUACAUCAAUAAAAACACAGGAAAUGGGUUUUUGCUAGUGUGCCAUAAGAUUUUUUGUGGAAGAAAAGGCGGGAAAAAUAAUGUGAAUGUUGGAAGUAAAAUUGUUCAGUAG